UGCUCCGCCCCGGGCCGUAGCCACGCUCCGGGACUGCUUUGGCCCCGCGCAUGCGGCCGGCCGUGUCGGGGCGGUGCGCGGCGAUGCAGGCGGUGCACGGAGCCAUGGCCAACUUCCGCCUGGCACUUAUUCAGCUUCAUGUAUCUGCUGUUAAAUCGGAUAACCUUCAGCGAGCCUGCAGGCUGAUAAGGGAAGCAUCAGCCAAAGGAGCAAAAGUUGUGGCUCUGCCCGAAUGCUUUAACUCUCCAUACGGAACCCAAUACUUUAAGGAAUACGCAGAGAAGAUCCCUGGAGAAUCGACGCAGAAGCUCUCGGAAGUUGCGAAGGAGUGCAGCAUUUAUCUCAUUGGAGGAUCCAUUCCAGAAGAGGAUGGUGGAAAGCUGUAUAAUACGUGUACUGUCUUUGGGCCUGACGGCACUAUAUUGGCAAAGCACAGGAAGAUUCAUUUGUUUGACAUUAAUGUUCCUGGGAAGAUACAGUUCAAGGAGUCUGAAACGCUGAGUCCAGGGGAUAGUUUCUCCAUGUUUGACACUCCGUACUGUAAAGUGGGCCUGGGCAUCUGCUAUGACAUCAGAUUUGCUGAGCUGGCUCAAAUCUAUGGACAGAAAGGUUGCCAGCUGCUGAUAUAUCCAGGGGCUUUUAAUAUGACAACAGGACCGGCUCAUUGGGAAUUGCUACAAAGGGGACGAGCUGUCGAUAAUCAAGUCUAUGUAGCUGCUGUAUCUCCUGCUAGAGAUGAAAAAGCAUCCUACGUUGCCUGGGGACACAGCACUGUAGUAAAUCCAUGGGGUGAAGUCAUAGCCAAAGCUGGGCCUGAGGAAACAGUUAUCUACACAGAUAUCGAUUUGAAGAAACUUGCAGAAGUCCGUCAACAAAUUCCUAUUUUAAGCCAGAAACGUUAUGAUCUCUAUGGCAUAGAGAUGAAAAAGUGAAGCUGGGUGAACAGGAAAGGUUAUAGUGGCACAGUAGCCGCUGCUUCCAUCUUCAGGAUUCCCUCACUGGUUGCUCCACAGGCUACUGCGAUAAUGAAUUAGGAACAAAAUGACUUACUGGUAUCAUUCUAAAAUUGAUUGAAGCACAACUUUAAUUUACAUUAUUAAACAGACAGGAUAAAGCUGGAGGUGUAAUUAGUGAAGUAGCGGUUAAUCUUUUCAGUCUUUACUGCAUUUAAAUAUUUUUGUUUUGCUCUUAAGUUUCUGAGGUGGGAAUCACAUUCUCUCUGGAAAUCCUCUGAAGACAGCUUCAGUAUCAUGAACUUUUCAAUGAAUUAUCAGGUGCUCUACAAGUAUGACCCUUCCACAUCUGUACCUAAAUAACUCUGAGUUUCUUAAAUGCCUGACUUCAAACCAGGCAAGCUUAAAGUUUAACAUACUAAGCAACAUAGGCCAAAUUCCAGUCUGAACUACUCAAAGAUCAUGCAAGAAGCAGUCAAACAGAAUUGUUACUAUGCAAGAAUCUGUUAACAGAUCCUGUCUGGAAUAUCUGUAUUAGAGGCCAGCUCCUUCCAGCUGCAUGGAACAAGUGCCCCAUUGCACUGCUCUUGCUGAAGAGAUCAGAAAACUGGUUAAAGGUGGCUUUAAAGAACUUAAAGAGAUUUUUUCUUAGCAGGAGGGCACCUUAGCAGUUCCACUUCUAAUGAAAAAGCUAAGUAUUGUAUUUGCAAACAGCAAUUUAUUUCCUUAAGUGGGAAGCAAAAAGCACAUAUGACUAUUCACUCUCUACCUCUGUGCUUUUAGUUUUCACCAGCACAAGGGGUGAUCUACAGGCAAAAUACUUCACAUUACAAGAGAGGUCAGCUGAAAGCUUUUGUCUUGUUCUAUCUAGCCACUUUUUCCCUAAACUACCUUACCUGUUCCUUCUUCAGCCAUCCUCCUUCUCCCACAGCUAUCUUCUUUUUGUGAUGUUCUUUGACUUCUCUGGGGUUAGUCAGCUGCAUUGUUCAGAGGCCCCAGCCACCUAUAAGGGAAUGAGUGGUUACAUUAAGUUAAACGCUAAGAAGUCGUUCACCUAAAAGCCAGGUCCCAUCAUUCCACUUAGUGGUAUUAUCUAUUCCAGCAGCCUUUUGUGUCUGUGCUUUCUCAGCAUUAUAUAUGCACACCGUACUGGAACUCUUAAGAAACACGCCAUGAAGCGUAAGGUGAAAUGAAAAUUUAUUUGUUGAAAAAUAAAUAUAGAAAAAUUGACAUUGA